AUGAAAGUAAUUCCUUACCAGGCCCGCUCCGAUAACUGGAUGUACCUCAUCGUCGACUCCUCCAACCAAGCUGCCGUGGUCGACCCUUACGACGCGGGCAAGAUCUCCAAGGCAGCCAAAGAAGCCGGGGUCAAUGUGACGAGUUUAAUCACUACCCACCACCAUGUCGAUCAUUCGGGAGGCAAUUCAAAGUUUCUGUCUUUUCACCCCCAUCUCAAAGCAUAUGGAGGAUCUACACAAAGCCCAGGAACCAAUAUUGUGGUGAAAGACGGCGAUACUUUCACCAUAGGAGACGAUAUCUCUGUCAAGUGUCACCAUACUCCAUGUCACACCCAGGAUUCAAUCUGCUUCUACCUUGAAGACAAGAAGACGGGCGAGAAGGGCGUGUUUACAGGUGACACCCUCUUCCUUGGUGGAUGUGGUCGUUUCUUUGAAGGCACCCCCGAGGAAAUGCACACUGCCCUCACAAAACUCUCCAAACUUCCUGAGGAUACGGUCGUAUAUAACGGACACGAGUACACCCAAGGAUCUGCCAAGUUUGGACUCACGAUUGAGCCGGAGAAUUCUGCUCUCAAAAGUCUGCUAAAGAAGGCGCAAGAAGACUCGUGUACCACUGGCAAAUCGACCAUCGGUGAUGAGAAGACUUGGAACGUCUUUAUGAGAUUGACUACACCAGAAGCCAAAAAGGCCACUGGAGAGACCGAUCCUGUUGCGAUUAUGGGCAAGCUGAGGGAGUUGAAGAAUGCUAUGUAG